CUCAGUUCGGGGGAGGGGGAGGUGACAUACUCGGCCCUGGAGGAGGGUUACCGGCCUCCUGCCCCCUGUAAUAAAGGAGGACCCGUGGACGCUCUCUGGUUACUCGAUCCUGAAGGCGGCUGGGGCGAUGAAGUUAGACACCCCUCCGGGGAGUCGCCGACCCGCCGUGCCUUUCCCUCCAAUCGCUUCAGCCGGGGGCUGCUGCUUCCCCGGGAAGCGGCAGGAGCUGGCGCGGGGGCCAAGGGCAGGCCCAGUGCCGCCGGCCGGGGACCGGGGCCGUCGCGGCGGCUUUUCCAACUCGUGGCCGGAGGCGAAGCCGCGGCUAGGCGGCCGCCGACCGCAGCCUCGACCCGCGGGCCCCAGGGCUGCGGGCAGCUCGAGUGAGAGCGGGCCCGCCUCCAGGUCGGCGGACUCGGGCACAAGGAGCCAUGACAACUCGUCCCGCAGUGGGCUGGAGGAGAGCGCUGGGGAGGGGAGCUUCUCGCUCAGCCUGACCCCUGAGGCCGUGCUGCUGAUCCAGAGGCGCAGCCUGGAGCGCCAGCCGCCGGGGCCCGGCAGGAGCAGGAGGCAGGGCCCGCGGCCACUCGGCUGUCUCCAGCAGCCGAGCUCCGGGUCUGCUCAAACCAUCUCGGCCUCAGCCUCAGCGGCCGGUAUCCGGAGCCUGGUGAAGAUCUCGCUGCUCAAUAACCAACACAAAUACGACGACGUGGAGUAUGAGGAGGAGGAAGACGAACCGGGAGACCCGGCGCUGUACCAGAGGUGCCUGGACUGGCUGCAUGGGGUGGAGGAGGCGGCCAGGCUGCCCCGGCUGCUCAGUUAACCCGGUCCCGGGGCUGGCCUGGCACGGCACAGGGGCAGAGCCCAGGCUGUCUUUCUCCCAGCUCCGGUGGAGUGAAUGUGGGCUGCGGAGUCCAGGUUGCCACAAAGUGUCUGGUGGGGCAGAACCCAGACUAUUCCCCCAGCUACGCGGGGAAGGGAUGUGAGCGGAUGGGAGGCAAAACAGCAACUGCUCCCCUGACUUCAGCAUCUGCACUGCUCCCUUUUCUGGCUGAAAACUGCAAAUCCAGAACGUUACUCUGUCUCUGCUUAUAUUUUGUUUGAAAUCUUCACUGCUCCUGCAGACAAAAACAAUUGGUACACACUGCUAGUGGGUGAAGUUUUAAUUCACCUAGGAUCCACAAAACAAUGCCCAUUAAAGAACAGAACGAAGUAUAUGUAUAGAGUGGGGAGAGGUUUGAUGCUUAUGUUACAGUAAAAGGAAGAGGUGUAAGGUGCAAGAAAUUCUCAGGAAUAUAUUUCACGAUAUUUGGAGACAUUUUCACCACUAUCUAGUUUGGAUCUGUGCAACUGGUACGAUGUACCAAGUGUGUUUUAUUAAAAGUCAAAUUGUUCUGGCUUCUGUCAAGCAAAAUAUGACUAAUUGAGUGAAUGUGAGAUCACUGUCAAGAAAUGGAUAUGACUUGUAAUGAAAAGUGAGGAAUUGCCGAAUGAGUGGAUUACCAGAGAACGAAUUUAUAUUUAUACUUGCUAGCUGCUUGUGAUGUGCACAAUUAGAUAUGCAAAGUGUACAAUAAAUCUAAAAAUACACUAGUUUAUGUUUUGAAUGUUUCACAGAAAUUAUCAUUAAAGCAUUACUGCAAACAA